CCCAUCGCAUACCCAAACAACAUCAGCUCCAAUGGCGAGCUAUUUCCCACCUUCCGGAGCCACGAGCUAUGCACCCCCUCGGACAUCUUCCCCGGCUUCUUCUCCGCUUUCACCCCCGCCUCAACAACGCUCCAAUGCCUUGUCGAACCGGCUGACAAGUGUACUUUCGGCCUCGUAUGCGGACUCCGAUAUACGCGAUGCGCUCGAGACUCUCAGUACCAGAGGGAUACAUAAUACGGCAGAGGUCCGGAGACAAUUACGUCUGGAUGUUCAAAAGGAAGUGGUUGAUUGCAAUGCGGAAAUCGUAAGGGACUUUGGCAAAGUCGCAGAGCAAUUGAAACGGAUUGGCACGGUUAUAUCGAGUCUGAACCAAACGUGCGAGGAAAUGAAGAGGCAUAUUGUGCUAGCUAGGCAGGACACGGCCCCGGUGUUGGAGGAAGCAUCUGCCUUGAUGCUCCAGAGGCAGGAAGCCGAAACGAAACAAUGCUUACUCGACGCCUUUACAAAGCAUUUUAUUAUUCCAGACGAUGAUUUAAUGAUUAUGACUUCGGCCGAGGAGCCUAUUGACGAUGAGUUCUUCAAUGUUCUCUCCCGGGUGAAGCAAGUUCAUCGUGACUGCGAAGCCCUCCUUGGGGGGGAGAACGAGAGGCUUGGGCUAGAGCUGAUGGAGAAGAGCUCGAGAAGUCUCAACUCCGCCUAUCAGAAGCUCUAUCGAUGGGUUCAGAAGGAAUUCAAGUCUUUGAAUCUUGAGGAUCCCCGAAUUAGCAGCUCAAUCCGACGCGCUCUGCGGGUGCUGGCUGAGCGACCAAGCUUGUUCCAUAGUUGCCUGGAUUUUUUUGCGGAGGCUAGGGAUUAUGUCCUGUCAGACGCAUUCCACUACGCCUUGACAGAUGCGGUAUCUGGUACUGGAGGCGAUACUAACGUCAAACCCAUUGAGUUUUCUGCGCAUGACCCGCUGAGGUAUAUUGGCGAUAUGCUUGCCUGGGUCCACUCCACCACGGUCUCAGAGCGGGAAGCCUUGGAGGCACUUUUUGUCGCGGACGGGGAUGAGUUGGCAAAGGGAAUCCAAGCUGGUCUUAGUAGUGAGCCGUGGGCUCGGAUCGACGAAGACGAGGAAGUCACCUUUGACGGCCAAAAAGCCCUCAGCGACCUUGUCAAUCGCGAUCUGAUAGGAGUUGCUCGAUCCCUUCGCCAGCGAGUGGAGCUCGUCAUCCAGGGCCACGAUGACCCGGUCACUUGCUACAAAGUCGUCAAUGUACUCUCCUUCUACCAGACCACUUUCUCCAAACUCGUCGGCCCCAGUUCUAACUUGGCCGAACUGCUGCAAAAUCUGGAGAAGUUCACCUUAGCCCGUUUCAAGACGAUCAUGCAGGAAGAAGCCAACAGCCUCUCAACAGACCACAAUGCCUUGAAACCAUCUGAAGACCUCUCUGCGCCACAGUUCCUUCUCGACGCCCUUGAAGUCCUCACAUCCCUCAUGAAGACGCACCAAGCCUCAUUCGGGGCAGACGAUGCCGACUCCACCUCCGAAGGCAAAGAGAACAGAUUCACUCCUGUCCUCCAUGCAGGCCUCGACCCCUUCUUCGACCUAGCCAAAUCCUGCGCAAAGGAACUACUACCCACCCAAACAGCCCGCUCCAUCUACCUCACCAACAUUCACCUCACCACGCGCUCUGUCAUCUCCCCUUACACAUUCGCCAGCGCAACACAUCUCACACCCCUAUCCACUGCCCUCUCUACGCUCCGCGUCGAGCUCCUCGAAAUUCAACACCGCUACCUCCUCGACGCCUCCGGUCUACAAGUGCUUCUCGCAGCCCUUGCACCAUUUUCUUCCUCCCCAUCCGCCACAUCAGAAACCAACCCAUCGGGAGAUUCCAAGCCACCCAACAUCGCUGACAUUGCUCACCUCCCGGCCUUUCAGCCCGAGGCUCUCGUCACGAUCAGCCAGCAGCUCGAUGACUUCCUCCCGUCUGCGCUCAUGGACGCAACGGAUAAUCUUAAGCGUGUUCACAGCGUGGCGUUUAUCAAGAGCGUCACAGAGGAGGCGGUCGAGGCUUUCUGCAGGGAUUUCGAGUUUGUAGAAGGUAUGAUUAUUGGGGCGGAUGAGGCUAGGAGUGGAGUUGAUAUUAUGAAGGGUAGGAAGAGUGGUGAGGAUGAGUUGGGUAGUGAGAAGGACAGCGAAGGCGAAGACGAAGACGAAGAGCAAGAAGAGCAGAGUCUGAGACGGUUAUUCCCUCGUACUACUGGUGAGAUUAGGGUGUUGUUGAGCUGAAGAAGUCACUACUAUUUUAUUCUUAUUUACCAUAAUCUCAAGAUGCUGG